AUGUCUGGCAACGACACCAACUCGUCCAGCAGUGGCAACGACACCGUCUCCCUCCCGGCGUCGCUCGACCUCCCGCCCCACCUCAGCGCCCAGAAGUACUUCUUCGUCUGCACCCUUACAGUCGCGGCCUGGGAUGUCCUUGUCCUUACCCCCCGGACAUGGCGGCUCAUGAAGAGCCGCGGCUGGCCGCUCCUCAAGCUCAUCUACUACUUCCUACGGCUUUACACUCCGAUUGAGUUCACUAUCGUCGGUGUUGCUUUCUUCGAUACCAACUGGUCGCUGGAGCGUUGUUCCCACUUCUUCCUUUUCGAACCGAUCUGUACCGCCAUUCUCCUUGCGGUGACCUCAUUUGUCCAUGUCUACCGUGUCCACGCUAUCUACGACAAAGAUAGAUCCAUCCUCUAUGGGAUGGGUAGUCUCUACGCCAUCCAGAUCGUCGUCACGGCCAUUUGCUGCGGCUUCUACCGAGUGACACCGCUCAGGGAGGGCCAAGGCUGUAUUGCAGAGCCAAAGCACAGCUGGGUUGGCAUCUACUGGCUGUCUACGACGCUCCUCUACACCGCCUCGCUGGUUUUGGCGGUCAGACGUUCACACAGGUCAUACAAAGCGAAGCCCAACAACCUCUGGAAGCUCAUGCUCCGUGAUGGCCUGAACCUCUACUUGGCUGUCUGGCUCGUUAACGUGAUCAACAUGCUGUUCUGGUUCAUCGUCAAGCCUACGGGCCCCGAAGAUCCCAUCCGCACCAUUGUCACCAGCAUGGCUGCCGUCCUCACGGCAUCCAUGACCAUGCGCAUCGUCCUCGCUGUUCGCGGACCUCUCACGAACGGUGGCCGUUACGCGGGUUCGAAGCAGUCUGCUGCGCGCUCAAAUGGCACCGUGCGCUCGCGCGGGCCCACCGGCCAGGGCACGAACCCCGUGCUGUCCGUCCAGCAGGUGCAGCCCGCGACGUACACCGUCCCGCUCGGUACGGAGGCCAAGGACCCCGACUGGACGGGCGAGGACGGCAAGAGCAGCAUGAACGAGCGCGAGAAGGGCGGCAUCUACGCCAUCGAGCCCGCCGUCGUCGAGGACGUGCGCAAGGACGACGCGGUCCGGAUCGCCAUCAGCACCGAAAUCCACGAACAAUAUCCGCGGGAGAAGUAG